GUUAAAUAUGGCUGCUGUGUAUUCGUCAUGUUUUGUGUCGUAUUUUACAUGAAUUUUAUAAAUAAAUGGCAAAAUGAGUACGAUUAGUAAUUAAUGUGAGACAAUAUUAAAGUUAUUAAAUUAGAAAACAUUGUUGGAAUAGCGCAUAAGUGUCAGAAAUCAUCAUGUCUUCAGACAAGGCUACUGAAAUAAAAGGCAAUGAGAUCGAUAAAACCAAACGUCGUCAUAAAACUGACGACACUGUUAUUGCGACAGCGGCAACAAACAGUGUUGAAGAUACAGUGCAAUUUGUGAAGAUGGAGAGCGCGGACGAAAGCGCGGGCAAGCCCACAGAGCUAUGUCUUCAAGGCAACGCUCACUUGAUUUCUAGUACAACGAGUAGUUUGGCCGAUACGCCUGGUGAUUCUGGUGUUUUGUGUUUAGAUAGUGAAGCCUCGGAGGCCACCAGCCAGGCGCUUAUGUCGCACAGUCUCAUAGGAGCCGAGGAAUUAGCCUGCGACAGUGUUUACGAUGCGCCGCCGUCUUGUUCUCAAGACAUGAUCAAGAGUACCACUAGUAGCAUUAUGACCCGCAGUGAUAUCGACAACCAAAACAUUGGUGCACCUGAAGACAUCGUGCCAGAAUUAAUUGUUGAGACUAAUAAGAAACCAAGUCCAUAUGAAAACUUGCCAGAUUUAGUGUUAAAAGCAUUAGAAAGUGAAAAAGGUGCAGAUGAAUCUCGUAAGCCAGCUCUGAGGAAUGAACCUAAGAAGUCUUUGUCUGAGGAUAUUGUUUACAGACGAAGAUGUCGGAAAAAAUCCCAAAGUGGACCUAGUUCACAGAAGAAAAGAGUAUCAUUCCAUGAGGAUAUAUUAAACAAUACUAAAACUGAUAAUAUUCACAUUGAAAGAGGUUUUGUAUCUUAUGGACCUGAUAGUUCAUACUGUGACAGGUUUAGGCAGAAGAAUAACAUUGUAACAGACAGGUUCUCAUGGUGUGCUUCUGGGGAUAGGACACCAAAGUAUGCAGCUGAUGUUGCUCAACAGACUAUGUCAGAUAUCCUCACUUAUGGUGAUUCCAAAAAUGACAGGAGUGGUAUAUUUGAAUACUGUCAGGAUUAUGAACAAGAAAAUCAAGAAAACAAUAACAAUGACAAAGACAACAAUAAUGAACCCAGGCCUACUGGGAAACUGUAUGGAUGUGACUCAAACAGCUCAGACUCUAAUUUCAGCUGUGACUCUGAAACCUCAUCCAGUGACUCAUCCUCCUCCCAUUCUAAUAAAACUGAAACUUCAAUGCUCCACAGAAAGUGUGACAAAGCUCAGAAAUCCUAUUCUUGUGAUGCAUUUGAAAAUAAUGGGCAUGUUGCAUUCAUGAGGAAAACAUACUUCUCUGAGGCUGAUAUUGACCAAUCCACUGAUCGCAUGAAGAUGCCUCUUGAGGUGUCACACAGUCCAAACACAGUUAAAUCUGUACUGAAGAAGAAGCGCUACAUAACUACUAGUAUUGUAGAGGAAAGGAAGUCACAUAACAAAGUAUUAAAUCUAUUGGAUGCCAAUAACAUCAUAGACUCUUUGAAGAAUUUUUACAAGAAUUUCAACUUUAAUUUUGCACCAGAAAAAGGUUUGCCUGAAAAUAGUUUGGAAUUGAAUAAUGUUGUAGAAGCUCUACCAUGUGAUGUUAAUCACAACAAAAAGCUUUCUAAAAGCCUUGACUCAGGAUUCCAGGCUGAAGAUGAAGAUGAUUUUGUGGAAAUCAAUCUGAAUGGCCAACCUUUGGAGACUGUGAGACCUAAGGAAAUGACAACACCAUCAAAAACUGCAGUGGCAGGUGACAGGACUCCCAAAGAAGGAUCUCCAAGACAUAAGCUGACACUCAACAUGAAGACUCAACUUGAUAAGAAACCCAACAAAGCUGAUCUCCCACCCCUUAGCAAAUAUGUUGUGAAUUGUGAGAGCACAGUUUAUGAACACAAAGGAGUCUCUUACAGUUAUGUUCAUGAUACAUUCCAAACUGCUUUUGAUGCACCCAAAGAGACUUUCGUCCCUAUACCUGAAUCCACUCCUGUGACAGAGUUAGUCACUAGCACAAGUAAGAUAGACCUCACUAAAUCCAAUGAUACUGACUCUUCUAGUAAGACAUCAACACCCAAGAGACAAUUCAAAAAUAUUCAAGACGAGACUGAACAAAAGAGUGGCAUUUCCAAGCAUUUGUCUUCACCAAAGAAACAGAAUGUAAACAGGUACAGUCGUAAAUCUGCGUCAACAUUACAAAAAAUGAAUGACGAGCCAGCGCAAGUGAAUAGCGACAACUGUUCAAACACCGACAAUUCAACCUUGAAGGGUGCCGAGGACUUUAAUGACGACUUCUUCGACAGUCCCGGCAAUCAAAAGCUGCAGUCCAACAAGUCUGCGUUAUUGAACCGGUAUCUGAAGAAUGUGUGUCAAAGGAAAGACCUUGAACUUAAAAUAAAGAACAAUAAGUUCUUUCAAUUCAAACUUCGAAUGGAGAAACAUUUCCCGAGCAUUAUAUUUCCUAUGAAAGAGGUGUCUGAUACAUUCCACGUGUCUGCUGAACGUAUGUCGAGGCUUAUAGACAAAGAGGUGAUAGAGAACAAAAGGUUGUCAGUGAGGCUGCUGACAGCGGACGAGCCGUCCUACUUUGAUAGUUUCGAAGAUAACGUCGCCAUAGAGUGUAAUGAAAAGCUCAGGCUGCAAAUAUUCUCGUAUCCAAAUGAAACUUUAAAUAGGAUGAUGAAAGUGAAAUCACCAUAUAAUAUGGAUGAUGGAUCUUGGACGCCUCUGCUGGUUUUCAUCACGGACUACGCGUUGUACGUGGCGAGCGUGAAGCCUGGAGGUACCGAGUACGACAUGCUGUGCCGGCUACCUCACAAUGAGCUGGAUGCUAUCGUGGUGGGUCCUGAAGCGCAGUACAUCCAGAUCCUAGACAUCGCUGGCAACAUUGCGUGUUCAAUCAUCACUGGUGAGGCUUCGCUCGGAGCUCGGUUUGCAUCGUCUUUGGAAUGGAGUGCAAGGACCUCACCGCUGAGAAUCCAGCGACCACCAGCCAUGAUACCGCUUGGAUGUAGGGAGUUGGCUGCUGCGGUUGCUAGGAAGAGGCAUGAGAGGCGGAUACCACAAAUCUUAUUCUACGGGCGCGUAUGUUCUGGUGACGCGGGCGACCGACUCAUUGAGGCACCGGGAGCUUUUGCACCUCCUUUAGAGGGAUACCUCAUGUGCAGGACAGAUAGGAGUAGGCGAUUUGAACCCUGCUACUUCUUAUUAAGAGCCGGUGUCUUACACUGGGGUCCUCACUCCCCGGACGGCACAUCACCCCUCCCAAAUAACAUUGCUCUCCGCUCCGUACUUGGAGUUCGAAGACACCUGGACUCCUCGCGCCGACCGCAUUGCUUCGAGAUCGCGUUAGCAGACAAUAGCAGACUAUUGUUAGCAGCUCCUGAUGAUGCUACCGCGUCUUCUUGGCUGCAAAGCUUAUUGUUACAUGCUGCUCAGGCUCUCGAAGAAAAGGACGGUGCAAAGAAAUCAAGCGACCGGCCUGGUCCUCCACCAGCUUGCACGGUGCUUGUUACUCCGACCGAAGUUAUCAGCGUUCGCGACACGCUGGAUCUCGCCUUCGUAUCCGGGGCCGCCGCAUACCUCAAGGACAGGGGCUCCGAUGCCUUGCUCAAAGAAUACAUAGAGGAGAUGCGUACAGACAUCGAGAUCCUAGCGUGCGGGUCUAUAAAGAACUUGACCGCUUUCAAAAUACCAGACACCGAUGAGAACUGGUGUUGUUUGGAGUGGAGUGUAUGUGAAGCUCGCGAGCGUGGCGCGGGGCUGGCGCUAGUACUGGCCAGCGGAGCCGAGCUGGAGAGGUUCAUCGCCGCCGUCGAACAAGCAUUCUGUGCGCUCACUUGUGAGCCAUUCCCUUUAAGUGUGGUUGAAGCAGCCAAGUCCGCGUGCAGUUCCGCCCACACGAAGUAUGAAGCCGCCUGGUCACAUAUGUUACCGCAGCAGUAACUCGAUAACAUAUACACAUCACUAGUGGUAAGAUUACAUUCGCUAGGUACUCAGUAACUAGGGAUGUGGGCUAGAAUAUUUUUAUCGAUAUCGAUAAAUGAAAAUUAAAAUCAAAGUACUUAAAUGUAUAGAAGUUAUCGAAAUUCUAUUUGUUUCCUUAAGAAUAUGUUUGUUGCUGUUUAUAAAUUGGUCGUCAUGUUCCUAGAAAUUAAAUCUUAUCACUAGAAUGUUACGGUUUAGACUUAACUGUUAUAGGAAAUGUGAAUUUUGAAUUUUAGUUUUAAUUGUAAGCGCUUUUCGCCUUGUUCUCAUAAAUAGAAAUAGCGUAUUUAGAAUGAAUAACUAAAUUUAUCUUCAUUUUGACAACACCAUAUAGUAUUUAGUCAAAAGUUGUUACCUGAAUUUCUCUUACAAAUCUCAAUUUAAAAUUACGUAUCAUAUACUAACGUAGAAGUUUUCGAAUACUCACAAUCAUCUUAGAAUAAAUUUUUCCCUCAAUAUCAUCGAAUUGGUAGAAUUCCAGUCAUAGACGUAUAUACUCUGACUAAUCUAUAUGGUGUUGUCAACUUCUCAAAAGAAAAUAAUCUCAAAUACUCAGUUGUAAUUUAGUGAAUAUUCAGUGAGAGAGAGAGGCGUCCUGCGAGCACAAUUUAGUUAAAUUGUAAAAUAAUAUUAAUAUAGAUACGCUUCCACAGUUGAUAUUUCGCUCUUUAAAUAGACAAUUUCUUCGAUAUUUGAAGCAAACGGACAUACAGUUUAAAAAAAGAACUGAUCUUCAAAAAAGUAAAUCUCAAAAAUACUACAUUCCAUAUUUAAAUGGCUUGUUCAUGACCAAAGACAAAAAUUUAAAGAGGUUGUUUGUAUAUGUCAUCGUUUGCUUCAGAACCCAGUUAUUAUUAUAUUAUUAUACCUAAUUAUAAGUAUUAUGUAUCGUUAUUGUUUAUCUAUGAAUAUUAUUAUGUAUUCGAAUAAUAAUCUUAAAAUAUAAUAAUUCUUGUUUGUAUACUGCUAAUUCAUAUUCCCAAGUUUCAUAGUUAUAUGUCACAACCUAUUAUAUUUAUGUACAUAUUAAUGCUAUAAGAAUAUUAUUUUACAACAAUAAAGUUUAAUAUUUUUAUAGCAAUAAUGUACACAAGAAUAUUGAUAUUAAAUCGAAUAUUAUUGAAACAUGUAUCAUAAAUAUUUAGCUCUUAAAUAAUAAUUAUUAUAAUAAUCAUAUUUAUAAAACGGCCAGAGUUAAUGGCCAAUGCAUUGAAACUUUGAGAAUUGUAUAGAAUUAAUCACUGUAUCUAUAUUAUUUUUGAUUCUGGUCACAUUUUCCUAAUAAUAAUAAUAAUUUUGUAUAUCUAUUUCUUGUAUAUUUGUUUAGAAGAUGCGCUAAAGUUGUGUUUUUGUGCGGUCUCCGAACAAAAAGCGCUCUUACUAGUAUUACGAAGGGAACAGUAGUGGGGAAAGGAGCUUUGGCUAUGUGUACUGUGAAUUUGCGCUAUUCUGAAACUUGACUGCGAAAAUAUCUCUAGUAAACAAAUCGAUUAAUCAAUAAUCGAUACAAUGAGAUAUCGAUUAACAAGUUUACAGAAUAAGUAUGCUUCGUGUGACGGCUUAGUAGAUUUUGUAUGUGAAAAAUAAAAUUCUAGUUUUUUACAACAAACCUUUUUUAGCUUUAUUAUUUUUAAAGCUAAUUUCAAUGGUUCUGUUUUAAAAGUUCGUUUCGUUUUUUCAAAAGGGAAUGUUCCCCGGGGUUGAUGAUGGUGUUACAAGCUUUAAUAUUUCUUUGGAAAAGGUCUCAAAAAAUGUUAUUUAUGCUAUUAGAACAAUUUCGUGACGGUUGUCUGCUCGUUACCAAAUAUAUCAAUUGUAUAUCAUUUCGUAUGUGUAUUAGGCCGCUGUAAGGCCGUGUGAUAUUAAUGUAUAUUUAGGGUAGGUAUUAGCGCAUCGUGAACCGUGAAAUCGCGACAUUUUAUCUAUAUGACGUACAUUUUCUGAUUAGUUUUCUAAUUUUCGAAGAAACUACAGUCAUUCCGAGUAUUUUGAUGUCAAAGAUAUAUGUGUUUUUUAUCUUGUCUUAUAUUGACGUAUGUUCGUAUAGAUAAAGUUCCGUGAAAAGAAGUAAUAAAUCUAAAUGCAAGUUUCAUAAAAUUUAUUAUAGUUACUUCAUAGUCUGUCUGAAAACAUACAUAGUUAUUGAUAUAAAUAUUAUGUACUCUCGGAUAUUACUAUGUACUUGUGUUCCCAUUUAUUUGUUGUAUUUCCUUAUAUUAUUGCUUUGUUUAUAAUUGUUUUUAUCUAUUUAUAAACUUGUGUAUGUGAUUGCGCUUUUACUAAAGGCCAUUUUUACGUAAAGUUAGAAUAUUUACAUUGAUCAGUUCGAAACUAAAGAGCUUGUAACAAGAAAUGGUGCUGGCACCCGAAACUCAGUUUUGAAUUUCGAACUGUUUAUAAUUUGACAGAUGUUUGUUUUUAAAAGUCUGUUCUCUUUAUACGGAAGUGUUUUUGCUAUUCUUAAUUUUACGUAAAAGUAGUCGAAACUCUUUGCUAAGUAACUGUGAUUUGUGUUGUUUACCAUUAAGUUUGUUGUUUAUGCAUAAUAUUAGAUCAAUGUUUUUAGCUUUUAGUAUUAGAUAAUUAUUUCAAUAUUAUUAUACAAGGAUUAAAGGAUUAAUCAAUAGAACUUAAUAUGAAGACUAUUAUAUUAGGAUAGACGAAAAAAAAAACACAUUUAAUAAUAAUCAUUAUUUCGUGUGAAAUAAAUUGUCUAUAUCUCUUAAUUAUUGCCUUGUUGGGAAUAUUGUAAAGUGAAUGGUAUUGUAAAUUUAAUUAUUUACAAUAAAACUAACAAACUGAAUCUUGAUCUUGGGUUUUCCUACAACAACAUUUAUAAAAUAUAAAAAUCUCUUCUUUGGUAACUACAAAAUCGAUGUUUACAAUUGAUAUUAUGAAUUGGCUAUGAUCAUUUAUUUAUUAAUUGGUUAUUUAUUUUUGUUAAAUUAUUUUUAUAAACUAUGGUGAUCACGACUGUAUCUUCCGUUCUUAUUGUAUAAUAUCUAAAGUUUGUAUAGACGGACGAUAUUUGUUAAAAUCAUCUCAUCUUUGUAGUAUAAAUGUCGCUAUAGAUUUCAGAAUCUCGUUGGCCACACUAAUGAAUCCCCUAGCCAGCUAUAAUUGUUCUCCAUCACAUAGAGAAAAAUAAAAUAAAACAAAUACAUUUUACUUUACGGUUAUGUUAGUGUAUUUGAACUAAAACCUUAUGUAGGUACAUAUAAAAAGUCAUAGUAACUUUUACAGUCUUCGAAAUAAAGUUUGAAAUUCAACAAAGAUGGGAUGCUUUUAACAGUUCACUUUAGAAUUUCGGUCCCUUCCCGUAGGUACUCGUAAGUAUUACUAAGAACAAUAAUAAUAUUAAACGCUGUAUUAUGUAGAGAAUGUUUGAUUGUAAUGUUUUAGGCGUCGACAAGUAAAUGCGAUUAGUCGCACCGUAAUUGCACAGUCGCAGUUAUUUGUCGAGCUAGUCGCAAAAUAUUUUCUUGUAAUAGUGCGUGUCUCUUCAAUGUUGUUUUUUGCCGUUCUUGCCAACAUCCGUGAAAUCUAAAGGAUACUUACUAUCUUUUUAUUUUUAUUAUUAUAUAUUUCAAUGUCUAUGUCAAGAUUAAGAGUCUAAAAAAGAAUUUGAAGUAUUCUCUAGCAGAUCGUGAAAACACAAUUUGGUCUGUGUAAUAUCCAUAUUCAGUAAAAAUGUUUGAAAAAAGAAUUCUGGUAUUU